AUGAGAGGCCUGCACACCAUCAUGCGCCUGAGUGCACCGAGUUCGAGGCUGUCGCCAGGCCGGAUAAUGCACACUACAGCAAUCGCUCCCUCUCUCUUGCCCCCCACACCCACAGCCACGGAAACCCACCUCCGCCAGCCUCCCCUUGGCCGGCCUCUUCCUUUGGCCGGCCGCCAAAACACACACAAAGGACUGGCUGCCACUGGCUCUGGCCGACUGGCGUCGUGUCGGCAAGAUUAG